UCGUGCCGCGAGCCUGAGAGGAAGGUGGGUCCUUGCUUCAUCCAGGCUUCGGAGGGUCAGAAGGCGACGCGGAAGAGAGCGGGAAGCAGCGGGCACGGAGCGAUCCCAAGAUGACGUCCAUGUUGACCUGCGCUGCCAAGACCCUCCCUGCUGUCUCUCCAUGGGCUGCCAGACUCUCCGUGAGGCUCCUCAGCUGUUCCCCCCAUCUACAUGCAGCAGCUCAACCCAAGAGUAAGAAAACAUUAGCCAAAAAUGGGGUGAAGAACAUUGUGGUGGUGGAUGGGGUCCGCAUCCCGUUUCUGCAGUCUGGAACUUCGUAUGCAGAUUUGAUGCCGCAUGACCUGUCCAGAGCAGCACUCAAAGGCUUGCUGAACCGGACCGAUGUGCCGAAGGAGGCUGUGGAAUACAUUGUGUUUGGCACCGUGAUCCAGGAGGUGAAGACCAGCAAUGUGGCCCGAGAGGCGGCCCUGGGAGCCGGCUUCUCCGACAAGACCCCUGCCCACACGGUCACCAUGGCCUGCAUCUCCUCAAACCAGGCCAUGACCACAGGAGUGGGCCUCAUUGCCUCAGGCCAGAUGGACGUGGUGGUGGCCGGCGGCGUGGAGCUGAUGUCGGACGUCCCCAUCAGGCACAGCCGGAAGAUGCGGAAGAUGAUGCUGGGCCUCCCGCGCGCCAAGAGCCUCGGGCAGCGCCUCUCCCUUCUCUCCAGGAUCCGCCCCGACUUCUUCGCCCCGGAGCUUCCUGCGGUGGCCGAGUUCUCCACCAGUGAGACCAUGGGCCAUUCAGCUGACCGCCUGGCUGCGGCCUUUGCCAUCUCGCGCACGGAGCAGGAUGAGUAUGCCUUCCGGUCCCACAGCUUGGCCAAGAAGGCCCAGGACGAGGGCCUCCUCACCGACUUGGUCCCCUUCAAGGUGCCAGGCAGAGACACGGUUAUGAAGGAUAACGGUGUUCGCCCUUCUUCAGUGGAGCAGAUGGGGAAGCUGAAGGCCGCUUUCGUCAAACCUUAUGGGACCGUCACAGCUGCCAACUCCUCUUUCCUGACGGACGGUGCCUCGGCGGUCCUCCUGAUGUCCGAAGAGAAGGCUUUGGCCAUGGGCUACAAACCAAAGGCCUACCUCAGGGAUUUCGUCUACGUCUCCCAGGACCCAAAGGACCAGCUGCUACUUGGGCCCACCUACGCCACUCCCAAAGUGCUGCAGCGGGCCGGCCUCACUAUGGCCGACAUCGACGUCUUCGAGUUUCAUGAAGCCUUUGCGGGCCAAAUCCUAGCAAAUAUGAAGGCGAUGGAUUCGGACUGGUUUGCUCAGAACUACAUGGGCAGGAAGACAAAGGUCGGAGCCCCUCCAAUGGAGAAGUUCAACAACUGGGGCGGGUCCCUCUCGCUGGGCCACCCCUUUGGGGCCACCGGGUGCCGCCUGGUCAUGACGGCCGCCCACCGGCUGAAGAAGGAAGGAGGACAGUUCGGCCUAGUGGCCGCGUGCGCCGCAGGGGGGCAGGGCCACGCGAUGCUUGUGGAGCUUUACCCACAGUAAAGGCGCAGUGCAGACCCGCCGUCUUUCCCGGAAUCACCUGCCCCGAACCCCCUCCAUGGCCUUUGUAAAUACUUUUUAGUCUCUUGCAAAAGCUGGUCAGACCAGCCAGUGGACGGACCCUCGCGAGUCUCUCUGCGAUAUUUAAGUACGGAACGGGCCUCCUGCCAUUUGCCCAUCAGUUUCACCGCAAGCCCUUUCGGCUCGUGGGAACGGCGUGCGGAUUUGGAGACCUGCCGUCGCUGAAGGAAAGACCGUGCGGGUGAGCAGCCCGGUUUUUAAAGUGAUGCUUUUUGCAUGGACGGCGUGCCUUUCUCGAAAGAGGACAGCAAUGAAAUCGGAAUGGCCCGUGCAAACGGAGUGUCCUGUUCCAACCAUUGGAAGCAAUGUCAGUCUGCACACCGUGGCCUUAAUAAAUGAGUGCAACCUUG